AUGUUAUCGAUCCCUCGACUACAACAGCAACAGCAUCAACUCCAACUCCAACAACUCCAGAACAACUCUACCAACUCUCAACACCAGUAUCCCUACGCACAAAAUUGCCACGCCGAAUAUAACGCUACCUCUUACUCGGAUCUUCCUAGAUCGAAUUACGACGACGAGAUUGCUGCCCUGAGCCAGCAACUACCAACACAUCUCAUGCAGGGAGAAACCUGGGGCGGACUUGCCCAGCAGACCCCAAGACCAUCUCGGGGAGCUCACCAGCGGGAAUCCUCAUUGUCAUCGCUUGGGUCAUCUACGGCGGGACCCGCCUCUCCCUUUAACAGCCACACAUCGAACCCAUACAUUGCUGUCACAGACGCCAACGAUCAAAGUAACCAAACCUCGCACUACCAACUCUCGAAAUCGUUGACUCCAUUCACUGGCUACCAGGCCUGCGGAGGAAUGGAGCAGCAGGCUAUGCCUGACAUGGCAUAUCCUAUCACGCUUCCUGGUCCAAGCAGCAAGCCGAGAAUGGAUCGAGGUUUGAUGCAAGCUCCUGAUUUUUCUGGUGGCUGUACGCGAUCACACCCUGCUUCGGUGGCGAGUUCAAUUGCAGGUGACUCACCUGCCACUCCUACUGUUGGCGAGGCUGAAACCGCAGACAGAAGACGAAAAGGUAAAGAGUUGCUCGGCAAAGAUCUUAUGAACAAAUACUCACAUUCUGACCUUGUAGCCUUUCCAAACCCCCCAAAACUCGACAGAACCAUGACAGAUGUGUAUGCCGAUGAGCUCUACAGCCCUAACUUCGCCAUCACAUCUACGCCACCAUCGCAAGCUCAAGUAUCAGUGUCACCUACAAACGACGUCUUCAGUCAGAGACUUCAUGCGGCGAACAGCCAGCAUCUCAGCGCUGCUCACUCACCAGCCUCCAGCACUUCACGGGACAGAUCACCGUUCCGCACUGGCUCGCCUCUGGCACCUUCACCUGCUCAUGACUUUGGAAACCCCAACCUUGCACAGAAUCUGCCUUUCAACAGUGCUCAGCGCAUGCGUGAGCAGACCAAGGCUCAUCAAGAGGCACAGUUCAUGCAGCAACAGAUGAACUUGAAGCAGGAACCUGAGACACCCAAAACCAUCUCCCCCAAGGAUGCCAUUCUGGAGUUCAACGAGCCCGAGGGCGACAAUAACUUCCCUCUUUUCCCUCCGGAUGCGUCUGGCUUCGGCAUGGAACAGUUUCCAAAGUCAAUGAUGAGUUCUCAAGAGUCGAUUCCUGACACGCACGCUCAAAACCACUUCAAUUUUCUCCCACCCCACGGCGCCAAUGGUAUCUCUGUCCCACAGCAGUACCCAUUCAUUGCACACACCACUCGAAUUAGCCACGAUACACCGCCACGCCUAAGCUCAGCUGGAUCGAGUUCAAAUGGAUCAAGAAACACGACUCCCGCAACCCGUCCAGUCAACACUGCUGCUGACGGUGGCACUUAUACCUGCACAUAUCACGGCUGCACUCUACGAUUUGACACACCAGCACAACUACAGAAGCACAAGCGAGAAGGUCAUCGUCAGACACAGACAUUGGGUCCUGCUAGACCUCGAGAUAUCGGCAUGACAACAUCAGCAAUGCUGAACAGUCAAGCCGGUCCUCAUCGUUGUGAUCGAAUCAACCCAAGCACCAACAAGCCUUGCAACACUGUUUUCUCCCGACCCUAUGAUCUCACACGUCACGAAGAUACCAUCCACAACGCCCGCAAGCAAAAGGUGCGAUGCGACCUUUGUACGGAAGAGAAGACAUUCAGCCGUGCAGACGCUCUUACCAGGCAUUACCGGGUAUGCCAUCCUGAUGUGGAACUCCCAGGCAAGCAUAGACGACGUGCCGGAGCUUAA